UACUUCUGCACGCCCAGUAACAAUGGCAUUCUUAUUCUUGCCAGGGCAACUCAUCUCCACGCUUGCGCUACUACUCCUAGUUCUAGCUUUGUACAUCAUCAAGUGUAGUCGACCAAAGGAUCCAUUACAGCCGACGAACUGGCCAAUAAUCGGCGGUCUCCCUUUCAUCGUCCACAACCUCCACGGAUUGCACGACCAUGUGACCGACGUCCUAGCUUCCUCAGGGUACAGUUUCAAGGUGACCAUAGCCAGCAUGGGGACCUUGGUAACCUGUGACCCAGCCAAUGUGCGGCACAUCUUCACCUCAAACCAUGCAAACUACCCCAAGGGCGAGGGCUUCGCCGACAUCUUCGACGUGGUGAAUGGCUCUCUGUUCACCGUCGACGGCGAAUCCUGCCUCCGGCAACGUGCAACGUCCAACCGUGCUUUGAGCAGCCCGGGGUUUGUUGCCUUCACGACAAACUACUGCUGCGACAAGGUGGGGAAAGGCCUCCUACCCUUCUUGACCCGUGUGGCGAGAACCGGGAAUCCGCUUGACAUUAAUGAUCUCAUGGGGAGGCUUGUUUUCGACUUGUACGCCACGUCCGUCUUCGGCGUGGACCCUGGUCUCCUAUCCCUCGAUAUGCCUUCGGUGCACCUUGCGGCCAUGGACACGGUCAUGGAGGUGGGCUUCUUCCGGACAAUUGUUCCGGCAUUUUGCUGGAAAUCGAUGAGGCGCCUAAACAUCGGUCCCGAGAGGAAGCUCGCCUCGGCGCAAGCGGUGCUUCGUAACUUCGCCAUGGAAAUGAUUGAAAGGAGGAAGACCAGCGGUGCCCAUAUUGCUCCCCAAGAACAAGCGACGGCUUCAUCUGUGGACAUCCUGUCAAACUUUAUCCAUGACCUCGACUACAAUAAUGAUGAUCUGCUCCAGGCAACACUCAUCUUACAUAUGAUUGCCGGUAGGGACACCAUCGGCACAACCUUGCCAUGGAUCUUCUACAACCUUGCCAAGAACCCACAUGUUGUGUCAAAGAUACGCAAUGAAUUGGCGCCCAUCGUGUCACGCAAACAAACCACUAUUGCUAACGACCCUAUGACGUUUGAGCCAGAGGAGGUCAAAGCCCUAGUCUAUCUGCAAGCAAGCUUGUUGGAGACACUAAGGUUGUACCCUCCCAUCCCUUUCGAGCGAAAGGAGGUGGCCGCCAGCGAUGUGAUGCCAAGUGGCCAUGAGGUGUGUGCCAGGGACAUCAUCAUCGUUUCCCUCUACUCCAUGGGUAGAAUGGAGGAUGUGUGGGGGGCUGACUGCCGAGAAUAUAAGCCAGAGAGGUGGUUCUUAAAGGAUGGAGCCAUGCUUAGACAUGUUCCCUCUCACAAGUUCUUGGCGUUCAACUCGGGGCCAAGGCUGUGCCUCGGUAAGAACAUUGCUAUCACACAGAUGAAGACCAUUGUCGCUUCGGUCGUGUGGAGUUUUGACAUGGAGGUGUUAGGUGCUCAGGUGAUCGUCGAGCCAAAGCUAUCGUGUCUUCUGCAAAUGAAAAAUGGGCUCAAGGUGAAAGUGAAGAAGCGAGAAAUCUAAUAUCUAGGGAUCUAUGUUGGGCGUCCCAAAGAAUAAUGCAAGCGGUAUAUGUGCGCUUGUGGUGUUUCUCAUGUAUCUCACAAAUAUCUUGGGGUAAUUGUAAUACUGCAUUCGCACAAUAAAAAUUUCAUUUGUAUAUCUC